ACGCAAACGCUGCUUGGCUCCAUUCCGCUCUACUGGCUGUGUUUCGCUCCAGACGAUCACGGCAGGCUUUGAGGUUUCUUGUUGAUCGAUCCAUUGCAGCAGCACGCGUUAUCUCCCAGGAUGAGUACUCAGAACGACCAGGGCGAAGAAUCUCCGGUCUUAGGUGUGGUCCUGGACGAAGCUUCGAAAAAGCCAGAACUCACGGCCACCGUUGAGCAAAUUGCUCAAAUGCUGGCCGUGAUCGAAAAGGAUGUACUACCGGUGACGGAGCAAGGUGUCGCAAAGGGGAACAAAGUAUUCGGUGCGGCCGUCCUGGACGCCAACUUUGGCACCGUCCUAGCCGGUACCAAUUCGGAGACUACCUGUCCCUUGUUUCACGGCGAAGUCAAAGUUAUUUAUGAAUGGUCCAAAAUUGUACCAGCCUCGGAACGCGGAGCAGCGGCACAAUCAUCUGUCUUUUUGGCCACUCACGAGCCCUGCUGCAUGUGCGUGUCCAGUAUUCUGUGGGCCGGCUUUCACACCAUCUACUACUUUUUUCCCUACUCCGUCACCACUGCGCAAGGUAUUCCGCACGACAUUAACACCAUGCACGAGUUGUGGGGCGUUAACUCGUAUCGCAAGCGCAACAAAUACUUCAGUUCGCGCUGUUUGAUUGACUUGAUUGAGGAACUGGACGACAGUGUUCCCGAAAAGAAAUCGCUGCAGGACACGGUGCAGCGACUGGUGCAAGCGUACGAUACGCUUUCCAACAAGUAUCAUUCGGAAAAGGCGAGUAAUCCGAACAAUACCUUGGUCCUGGGUUAGUUCUAUCGGGCUUCCAUAUUUUGUUACGCAUUACUGUUUUGCUGGAGGUGGCGAGUGAAUUUAUUUUGAAUUUGGCACAGCUUUCCUUUUUGGUGGCGUUUAUUGCUGGCCAUAAUAUGAUACCACUCUGAAGUAACGGGCUUGAGACUUGUCUGCGAGUGGCUGGGUUUGAUAGAAUAGCUAAUCUUCAUCUUGGUAAAUGACUUUGUUGCCUCUAGCUAGCAGGCAAACCCCG